AUGUGCGGCCCAGAUACCUGCACCAAGCCCCGAGGCGGCGCUUUGGCUGUUCUCAACCAACCCUGCAGCCAGCACAGCCCGACAACACCGAAACAGCGCCUUCGCGGAGAUCUCGCUUUUCAUACGCCUGGUCAACCGGGAUGCUCUUUGGCGACCCAUGCACGAAUCACAGGCGGCGAAGGUUGCGAUUUACAGUCGUUGUCCGAGAUGAUUGUCGUGAUACAUCAGUCCGGUGACCUCACUCGUAAACUUGAAGAUUGCGGCUUGUUCGAACGCUUCGCCCUCUCCGGUGCCUCGAUCCUCGAGAACGGUUCUAUACUGGAGUUGGCGUUGAAAAGGCCAGUCUCGCUGGAAGUCGGCGAUGAUGGCAUCAUUGGCCGUAGAGUUUCUGUCUUUCCAGGGACAGGAAUGGAUCAUGCAUGCGCCGAGGGCAUCGUUGGCUUCAAUUUUGUCCACGCAUUGUGA